UACCCCAAAUUUUUGCUGCUUUUCAUUUUCUUGCGAUCAAUUUAUUAUUUACUGCUCUCCCUCUCUCUCCAAUCCCCUUCUUUAUAUUUAUUGGCAUUAUUGCAAUCUGCACGGAACCAUGUGCUGACUACCGAGGACAAGGAAAUAAGGAAGUUUCACACACACACCACACAUACAUAAUGUCCUCCUCUUCUUCUUCCUUGUUCCGUAUUUAACAGUUCAUAACUCUACAACCAACAUUUUUCCAUUUCUCUCUCACAAAACUAGAUCUUCUUCAAUGGAGAUACCCAAACCGGAAGAACAACCAGAAAAUAUCCAACCCCAACUGAAUCAUAAUAAUAAUACUCUGUCGCCGAGUAGUAGCGGAAGAAAUAAUGGUCUUUUAAACUCACCUGAAUUCGAGUUUUGGAUGGUUAGUAAUCCAUCGUUUCCACAACCUAAUCUUCAUUCUGCUGAUGAGUUGUUUGUUGAUGGCAUCAUACUUCCUCUCUGUCUUCUUUCUCAUGAUGAACAACAACAUUCUUCUGAACAAACCCCACAAAGAAAUCUCGAUGAUGAAGAAGAAGUAAAUGAAAACCCCAUUUCAGAACAGGGUCUAAAAUCAGAACCAGAAAACGAACCGAGUCGUGAAAUCGGUACACAACCAGGUUCAGGUCCCGAGUCAUCUUCUGCUGCUGCAUCAACGACAGUGUUUUCGUCAUCAAAGAGAUGGAGAGAUAUAUUCAAAGUCGGUGAGAAGAAAUCUAUAAACAACAACAGCAACAAUCAAGAAGAAAGUAAACCGGGUGUUGAGAAAUCAGAGAAGAGAAAGGAUAGAAAAAGUAGUAGUGCUAACAAUACCAGUAGUACUGCUAGUGGAACAAACAACUCGGCCGAGUUAAACAUAAACAUAUGGCCAUUUUCAAGAAGUAGAUCAGCUGGGAAUAAUAAUGUGAAUCGUCCAAAAGUACCAUUAACUCGGAAGGUAAGCAGUGCUCCAUGUUCGAGAAGUAACUCGGGUAGUGAGUCAAAAUCAAGGAAAUGGCCAAGUAGUCCGAGUCGAGGUGGUGGGAUUCAUUUAGGAAGAAGUAGUCCUGUUUGGCAAGUUCGUCGUGGACUUAAUACUGCUUCUACUGCUUCAACUACAGGGAUGAACAAAAAUUCUUCAGAAGUGGUAGUUAAAAAUGCUGAUAUUAAGGUUAGUAAUGUUAAAAAAGAGGGCAAUGCUGAUAAUAAGGUUAAAAAAGAAGGUUCUGAAAGUAGCCGGUGGAGUAAGAGUCGAUUAGGCGGUGGAAGCGGCGGUGGUGGGAGUAGUGGUGGUGGUGUUGUGAGUGGUUUGAACUUGAAUGUUCAAAUGUGUAUGGGUUAUCGCCAGAAUUCAAUUUGCAGAAGUGAUGAACAUAGAUCAAGCUUGCUUGUCAAUGGUGGUGAUCAAAAUUGCAGCGGCGGUGCUGCUAGUAAUGGUGGAAAUGGUGUUAAAAUGUUUAAUAUUCGCACCCUGUUCUCCUCCAAGAAAGUGUAUUAAGAUCAGACAGAAAAAACCUCUUUUUGUGUAUGUUAAUUAAUUGCGUAUAAGAUUAAGAUAACUAUUUAAUUAACUUGCUUAAUUAUUAUUUCGUAC